UGGGAUCAUGCCACACUUCCUGAAGUGGUCUGAUAAAUUCCUCCAAUAGCAAACCCCUCCCCCCGUUGGAAAGGGUAAAACAGCCCCGGAACCGCGUCCUUGCCAAUAGUCAGACCGAACCAGCUCACGAUGACCGGGAUACACUGCAGAUCACUUAGUUUAGUGUUGAUGGCGGGGCUAACAUUUCUUUGCUUAUGUCAGACGGCGCAAAUCAAGAGAGUAAUGCGGCGCUCUGUCACAUGUGACCGAAGCGACUUUGCCUGUAAUGGGGGAUGUAUUCCUAACAGCUGGGCAUGUGAUGGAGAUCCCGACUGUUCCGAUGGUGAAGAUGAGCUUCCCUCUCUCUGUGUAAACCGUGUAUGUCCCGAUACAUACUACAAGUGUGAUGAUACCAAGUGUAUUCCAUGUGAGGAUAUCAACGACGGUUUCCCCGACUGCAUCGACAACUCAGACGAGGAAAACAACGCCUCGUGCACAGCGCCCCAUCCCACCACGUGAUCUUCUCCUUUACUUACGAUUAUCGUCUGGCAGCAAUAUUUGUUUACCGGUGCAAUUUUUUAAUAUAUAAUAUAUAAUAUUAAUAAUAUAUCAAACAGUUGAACUUUGUUGGUUAACGAUAACAUUUACCUGAUGUUGUAUAUAAAACUUUGGUGGACUUUUACCAGGGACAACACUUUUUUUGGAUGUUUGCUUGGAACGACUUUGACAUAGCGAUGUUUGAUAGUACUUGUGAUCAUUUAUUGUAGCUUCACAAGUAUAGUGUUAAGUUAACAGUUUUCUCUUUACCUUGUUACCGGUGUUAACCUUUCAUAAAAUGAACAAUUUUAUUUUAUUUGACAUGUAUCAAUUUUGUAUUUCUGAUAUGAAGCAUUCCUUCAUCACAAUUUAUAUAUAUAAUACAACACGUCAUAGUAUACUUGUUUUUGUUUAU